AUGCUGGGGACACUGGGGCUUUGGACUUGGCUUCCUGCAGCUGUGCAAGCACCCCCAAACAGGCGGACCUGUGUGUUCUUUGAGGCCCCUGGAGUGCAGGGAAGCACAAAGACACUGGGGGAGCUGCUAGAUGCAGGAGCAGGGCCCCCCAGGGUUAUCCGCUGCCUCUACAGCCGCUGCUGCUUUGGGAUCUGGAACCUGACCCAAGGCCAGGCCCAGGUGGAGAUGCAAGGAUGCCGAGACAGUGACGAGCCAGGCUGUGAGUCCCUCCACUGUGACCCAAGACCCCGAGCCCACUCCAGCCCUGGUACUACUCUCUUCACCUGCUCCUGUGGCACUGACUUCUGCAAUGCCAAUUACAGCUACCUGCCUCCUCCAGGGAGCCUGGGGGCUUCUGGCCCCCAGGCCACCCCAGGUGAGUCCAUCUGGAUGGCGUUGGUGCUUCUUGGGCUGUUUCUCCUCCUCCUGCUGCUGGGCAGUGUUGCCUUGGCCCUACUCCAACGAAAGGUUCCCAGAGUACAAGGCGGCCCAGAGCCAGAGCCCGACUCAGACAGAGACUGGAGGAAAGAGCUGCCAGAGCUGCCCCAGCUGUGUUUUUCUCAGGUAAUCCAGGAAGGAGGUCAUGCAGUAGUAUGGACUGGGCAGCUGCAAGGUGAACUGGUAGCCAUCAAGGCCUUCCCUCCGAGAGCUGUGGCCCAGUUCCAGUCUGAGAGGGCAAUGUAUGAGCUGCCAGGUCUACAACAUGACCACAUUGUCCGUUUUAUCACUGCUGGCCAGGGAGGCCCUGGACCUCUGCCCUCUGGGCCCCUGCUGGUACUGGAACUAUACCCUAAGGGCUCUCUGUGUCACUUCUUGACCCAGAACACCAGUGACUGGGAAAGUUCCCUUAGGAUGGCACUGUCCCUGGCCAAGGGCCUGGCAUUUCUGCAUGAGGAGCGCUGGCAGCAUGGUCAAUAUAAACCUGGCAUUGCCCACCGUGAUCUGAGCAGCCAGAAUGUGCUCAUUCGGGAAGACAGGUCAUGCGCCAUUGGAGACUUGGGCCUUGCCUUAGUGCUCCCUGGCCUUUCCCAGCCUUCUGCCUGGGCUCCUGCACAACCUCGAGGUCCAGCAGCCAUCAUGGAGGCUGGCACCUACAGGUACAUGGCGCCAGAGCUCUUGGACAAGACUCUGGACUUGCAGGACUGGGGCACAGCCCUCCGGCGAGCAGAUGUUUAUUCUCUGGCUCUGCUCCUGUGGGAGAUCCUGAGCCGCUGCCCAGAUCUGAACCCUGACUGCAGGCUACCUCCCUUCCAACUGGCCUACGAGGCCGAACUGGGCAGUGCCCCCACCACCUGUGAGCUCUGGGCCUUGGCAGUAGAGGAGAGGAGGCGCCCCUACAUCCCAUCCACCUGGAGCUGCUCUACCAGGGACUCCAGUGGGCUGAGGGAACUCCUAGAGGACUGCUGGGAUGCAGACCCUGAAGCCCGGCUGACAGCUGAGUGUGUGCAGCAGCGCCUGGCCACCCUGACUCAUCCUCAGGAGGCUGAUUCCUUCCCGGAGGGCAGCUGUGCGUACGGCUGUGCUCCUCUCCCCCCAGAAGACUGUGCUUCUCCUCCUGCCCCUGAAACCUCCCUUUCAGGCCUUAGCUAAGUGCCUGCCACUCCAGUGUUCAGCAAGGCCUUAGCUCCAGUAAUCCCCAGCCUGUCAAUCCUCAUAUGUGAAUGCACAAUUUAUGUGGAAUCUGUGUACCUGCGAACGUAAAGGUGGUUAUCAUAUACUGUGUGGUCUGCCUUACCAUGGCUUUUCCACUCACCAUAUCCUAGGUUUCUUCUGUGGUGUCAAGUCCACCAUGGUUCUGACCAGUAGGUAGGGGUUGCAUGCAUAGGAAAGAGAAUAAAGUCAGCUUUCCUGACCCAUGUUCUUGGCUUUCCACCAUUCCUGUGACCCUAGGCCCUCCUCACUCUUCCCUGCUCCCCAGCAUUCAGAUGGAGGGAUCGAGGGAUCUCCUGCUGGGCACUGGAGAAAAAAAAAUGAACACAAUUAAGCUACUGGACCUGCAACUCACAUUUUGAGGUCCUGUGCAGUGUGAGGGGGAGCCCAGCGUUGGAGGUGUGAGCUGGCUUGUGACUACUCUGCAGUUUCCCAAGAAACUCCUAGGGCAGCAGGGAGUCCAUAGCUUCCUGGGAUGCGAGUGGAGGAAGGGGGGAGCACUAUGCAGUGCGAGAAGAGAUCCCAAAUAAGCUGGGUAGCAAAAAUGAAAGGUACAUAGUGGAAGAGAGGAAAGGAU